CCAGGUAUUUCCUCCCACCGACCCCCGGGGUCACAAUCAGCAGAGCCAAGUGUGUUUUAGUGAGAAACCUGGGGGGUUUAACCCGCACGGGAGACGUUUUAAACCUGAAUUAUAGCUCUGCGUUGGUGUGACGCGGAACCAUAAAUCAGCCUUUAGGAUCACUGCAUAUUUCUCAAAUACUCAAGGGUUUCGGUGCGUCUUCCGGGUUCUUGCAAGAGAAACUAAAUGGACCUGGAGCUGGACGUGAUAGGGGUUCGGGACGGAGCAGCGCAUUCGUUUGACCAAUCUGACAGGGAUGAGGAGGCAGGAGGUAAAGUUAAACAGUUGAUCCACAUGGACGCCAGUCAAACACAGGGAGGAGACUUUGUGGCUUUGCAGGUGACAGCAAGUAACGCAGAUGAGCUGGACUACAUAGAUGCAACAGCAAGACGAAACAGUCCUGUUUUGCAGGCAGCAGCAGCUUGUGCAGAUGGGGUGGACCACAUGGAUCCUUACGUGGCAGAAAGCCAGGGGCUUAUGCAGAUGGCUAAUGGUAAUGGGGAGAGGAUGGCCAUGGGAACAGAGGGUCAACAGAAUGGAGGAAACGGAUACCACUCUCAAGAGAAUAUCCGUCCUAUCUAUGGGAUAGCAGAACUGAAUAAGAAAGUCUACCGUGGGGUCAGGCUGUGGAUGAUUAUCCUCUUAAUCUUGGUCAUCAUCGCUGUUGUGAUCGUCGGCACUUUGGCUGUUUGUUCAGCAAUCCAUGUGGAUGAAGAUGAGCAGUUUGACCGUUCGCUGUUUAAAAUUCCUCAUUAUUUCAACGGAAGCUUCGACAUUCCUUCCAAUCCCUCCUACAAUGAAAGUCAAGUGUCUGCAGAUCUUCAACAAAAGCUGGCCGACCUUUACAGAUCCUCCCAUGCUCUGGGCCGCUACUUCUCUGAAGCUGAGAUAUAUGCUUUGAGAAAUAAUUCUGUUGCGUACAAGCUGACGUUUGUGUUGCCAGAUGAGGAAAAGGAGGAGCUGAGAAACUUGACUGUGAGCAGGGAGAUGGUCUACAACGUGUUCAGACAGUUCCUUUACGACCAGGAUCCGGUCGAGCCAGGUGGAAUGCACAUCGACAAGGCUUCCUUAAAGAUGGACGUGCACAAACAGACAGAAGGAAAAGCAUAACUUGUUCAAACGAUAUUCAGAAAAUCCUGGGAUGAAUCCUAUAUAAAUGACUCAGAUAUCCGUGAGAAGUUAAAAUCAAUCAGCUCAUGAAGCACCUUCACCACAGGAAGCUACAGGCCACACUGCCGCCACAGAUCAUCCGUCAUGUGGCUGAUGUCUUCUGAUGUGUCUGCUGGUAAGGGACGACAGCAAAGUCAAGUUUUCAUAUUUUUUUUUUUUUUUUUUUUUACAUCCGAUUGUGCAAUGUGCAAACUCCAGGAGUCUAAGCUUAAAUGUCACCAAGUUUUUUGUUUGUAUUCAUUCUUUGACUACUGUGAUUUCACUGUAGGCAUCUUUUUAUUUCUGACGGAAGACAAGUAAAACCAAGCCAUUAUUAUUAAGUGUAUAUAUAUAUAUCUGUGCUGUUGCCAUGUAUCUUCAGAAAUUAUCUUGAAACUGUAACCUGAAACACUUUAUAUAUAUUUGCCAAAGAACCAAGAAACAUUCAAAGGUAAGUAGAAGUUUUAUUUGCUUGAUGAUGACUGUGAAAGCCUUUGUGUAAAGUGUGUAUUCUGUACAAAGUUCAUGCGUCACAUGUUUAUCAGGGAUCAUCUGCGUGCUGGUUUUUGUGGUCUAUAUUGUCUUUUUUUUUACCACACUGAUCUUUGUUUUUAUGAUAUUUUAUCUCUUUUUACGCCAAACAGCAGAGGGAGUGCAUGUGCUCUAUGGUGUCUGUAAUGCCGGAUUUGCAUGGCUAUUUUUAACCCGAGAUAAGACGAUGGUUAUCUCAGUUCCUACCAAUGGUGGUAAAUAAUUCACCUUUUCAGUCAAUAGAAUCUUGUCAGCUGAUCAGACUCGUCUCUGGCACUGAUCUUACCCACGUGUCAGCCCGCUAAUAAGAUUACGCAAGUGUUUAUUGUGUACACCAAACCGUGUGGUGGGCACGGCUCCUCUUCCACCCGGAUAGUCAAGAAUUAACCUUCACUUGACAUGACACCCUGAGGAGCAGCACACCAAGGGUCUUUUUCAGAGGUGUCAAGUAACGAAGUACAAAUACUUCGUUACCUUACUUAAGUAGAAAUUUUGGUUAUCUAUACUUCACUGGAGUAAUUCUUUUUCAGACGACUUUUUACUUUUUACACAAUUAUCUGUACUUUUUACUCCUUACAUUUUAAAAACAGCCUCGUUACUCUAUUUCAUUUCGGCCUUUAAAAAAAACUAUCCAGUUAAAUUGCUCCAUCCGGAUAGAGUGAAUUUGGUUGUGGUUGUUUCAGAUGUUCUUGUCCAGUUUUGUUCUUACAUCCGUUCCCUCAGAUUCCUGCAACUAAACUUGGAUGUACAUUCCAAUAAAGGUUAGGAUAAAUGAUAACAUGCCUCUGAAGUUUGACUUUUUGCACCAUUACAAUACUUAUAGGCAACUAGUCAUCAUAUCUCCUGCUCUCUGAAACACAUGUUAAUGCUCAAUAGUACACAUAUAUGCUUCUUUAAUAUAUUUGCAUUAUACUAAGAUGCAUUCAUUUUCAAUGGCUUUUGUCCUUAAUGGCUUUUUUCCCCCUUACAUUACUUUUACUUUUAUACUUUAAGUAGUUUUGAAACUUUUAUACUUUUACUUGAAUAAAAAACUUGAGUUGAUACUUCAACUUCUACAGGAGUAUUUUUAAACUCUAGUAUCUAUACUUCUACCUGAGUAAUGAAUGUGAAUACUUUUGACACCUCUGGUCUUUUUUUAACCAAUCCCCUAUAAUAGUAUACUUUAAUUCACCAUCUCCGCCUGUUGAAAUAUAUCCACUGCAGAAAGACGCUGUGGAUUUGGACAUUUUCAUAAAUAAAUAGGAUCACAAACCAUGUAGUUAAUUCUCAAGCUUAUUAAGCUCCUCUCAUGUAGCAGCUCAUGGUUGGAAAGAAUUAGAAUAUUUUUUUAAUUUGCUUUCUGAAACAUGAAAGUGUACCAAGAUCUAGAAGAGACGCUUGAACUCUUCGAAGAGUUUUUGUUUUUUUUUGCAAUGUUUUAUCGAUAUAUUGUAUUGACUUAAUCCUCAAGUGUCAUUAAAAAAGGACAAGGGAUGUUAGCUUGUGCUUUACUUUGUAGUUGCAGCACCUGGAGUUAUUAACUUCAAAUUAUUACCCACGUGUCCAGCAAGGGGUCUUAAGCAGUGGUUCUCCACUGGUCUUAAAAACCGCAGCCCAAAAUCAAGGAACAUUUUUUACUCACUCAUUGAAUGUGUAACAAGUCUUAUACUUGUAAAACUAUUCAAUCACUUAAGCUGAUGAAGCUGCAAACAAUCAAAAUAUUUCAGUAACAGUAAUACUGAUGCUGGUUCCAAGAGUAAAAACUGAACCUGGAAAAAAAGGCUUUUACAUAUUGUGGCCCAACAUCCUGGAACAAUUUCCAAAAAAAACAAAAAUGAUCCGAGUUGAUCACUUUGGGUGAAUUUAAGUCUUUAAGAGACUGUGAAAUCUUUGUACAUGUAAACGUUCUAUCUGAUUGUAAUUCGUGGAUGCUCAGUGUUGUCUGUGUUGUUUGUACAUUAAACUUUUUAUUUGAUUCUUGUCGCUGCCAUCUUGGCCAGGUCGCUCUUGUAAAAGAGGUUUUUAAUCUCAAUGAGACUUUUCAUCAUGGAUAAAUAAAGGAUAUAUAAUA